GAUGAAAAAUGUAGAAUCCACCCAAGAGGGGAGACAGAAACGGAGUGAGAGCAGCACAGAGAGCAGAGUUAUACCAAAGCAAACCAUCACACCGCUUGUGCGUGGUGAACAUUUCGGCGCUUCUAAAACAAAAAGGAUAAAAUAAAAAAAUAAAAAUCUCGGAUCUGGGCUGACAGGAGGAAACUGGAGAAAGAGGCGAACCGGAUCGACGCUUUAAAAAGCCGCCUGCUGCAGCUGAUUCUUUAAUUAUUAUUUUUGGAUAAAGGGGGGGAGGCCAGUUUGCCGGUAUUUUUAUCUCUCCUCCCGCUUCAAAGCCGCCGGUAUGAACAACUUGAUGCGCUGAAGGUAACGCCGCUGAAUUUUCUUUUUCCAUUUCCUUUUCUUGCAUCAAUUUGAUGCUGCGUGAAGCGAUGAUGCUGCUGAUGCUGCUGCUGCAUCGGUGGGCUUUGAAUGUGUGAAUCCUGCACGGGACUCUCCUCCUUGGCAAUGGAAAUCAGAGCCACCUCUUUAUUUCUCUGCAAUAAUUACUGUGACAAUAAUAAAUAUGGCUUAUUUUGGUGAAUGGGGUGAGGGUGCCAGUGGCUGUGAUUUUGUAUCUCCUGCUGCUGCAGCUCCUCAGCUCCAGACAGACUCAAGUAGCCUCAGCUGAAGAGGGGAAAAAACAUAAAACAGCAAGCUGGCAAGUGCUGUAUCACCCAACGCAAGCCAAAGGAGCUGCUGCAUGUAUGAGGGAAAGGGCAUCCAUCACACCAAGGAGCAGGGGCUUCCCAAGAACCGCCACAUCCACACAUUCGUCUGAGGACUGCUGAGAGCUUACAGCCCCCUCCUGAUGGUUGUUGGAGGGCAGCCCUGAUGCAUCUUGUGCAUGUGAAAACUCUCAUUUUGCCAUCGCUGUAUCAACAGAAAGCAGACGGUGACUCUGUGUGUGUCAUGUUAGAGGCUGGACUCUUGCCUGCUCACACCAGCUCUCUGCCAAUAUCUCUGACCUGCCCUGUCUGAGCCCUUUGUAUGAGCAUCUCCACCAGUGGUUUGUAGACAUUACCUGUUGUCUAAGGAUCAAACAACAACAACAAAAAAACAGACUCCUCACAUUUCUGUCAGCGUAGGACAGAGCAGAGGUCAAGAUGCAGGUCUCCUUCGCAUGCACUGAGCACAACCUGAAGAGCCGCAGUGAGGACCGUCUCUGUGGCCUCCGCACCGCCCCACCUCCAGGAGGAAGCAGUGGUGGAGGUGGUGGUGGCGGUGGUGGAUCAGGAGGGGGCAGUGUUGGAGGAGGAGGUGGUGGUGGACAGGGGGGUAACGGUAACUACUCCUCUCAAGGGUCUGUGAAGAACAGGGAGGGCUCCGGGUCCCGCCAGACUCCACAGGGCCAUGCCCACAUGAAGGAGGCCAUCGGGCGCCACAGCAACAUGAAGUACAGGAACCUGGGUAAGUCCGGCCUUCGUGUUUCCUGCCUGGGGUUAGGCACCUGGGUGACAUUUGGAUCACAGAUCUCAGAUCAGAUGGCUGAAAACCUGAUGACCCUCGCUUAUGAAAAUGGAAUUAACCUGUUCGAUACAGCAGAGGUGUAUGCUUCUGGAAGAGCGGAAAUCACUUUAGGGAACAUUAUCAAAAAGAAAGGAUGGAGGCGCUCAAGUUUUGUCAUAACAACAAAAAUCUACUGGGGAGGCCAAGCCGAAACAGAGCGAGGGCUCUCCAGAAAGCACAUUAUUGAAGGUUUACGAGGAUCUCUAUCAAGGCUCCAACUGGAUUAUGUGGACUUAGUUUUUGCCAACAGAAAUGACGUCAACAGUCCAAUGGAAGAGAUCGUUCGGGCCAUGACGUUUGUAAUAAACCAGGGCAUGGCCAUGUACUGGGGAACCUCCCGCUGGAGCGCAAUGGAGAUCAUGGAAGCGUACUCCGUCGCACGUCAGUUCAACCUGAUCCCACCUGUGUGUGAGCAGGCAGAGUAUCACUAUUUUCAGAGAGACAAAGUGGAGGUGCAGCUUCCUGAACUCUACCACAAGAUCGGUGUGGGAGCGAUGACCUGGUCUCCACUUGCAUGUGGAUUAAUCACAGGAAAGUACAGCGAUGGUGUGCCUGAGUGCUCCAGAGCAGCAAUGAAGGGAUACCAGUGGCUGAAGGAGAGGGUGAACAGUGAGGAAGGCAGAAAGCAGCUGGCUAAAAUCAAGGAGCUCCAUCUACUGGCAGACAGACUGGGCUGCACUGCUGCACAGUUAGCCAUAGCCUGGUGUUUGCGAAGUGAAGGAGUCAGCUCUGUGCUUCUGGGUGUUUCUAAUACUGACCAGCUACUAGAGAACCUUGGAGCCCUCCAGGUAAAAUAUCUUUCCUUUCAUUUCUGUACCUUUUUACCCCCCAAAAAAUAUUGAUACCAUUGAACUUUU